ACGGGAGAAAGAAACCGAAAUCAACAACAGGUGGGACGGUCAUCUUCCUCCCCCACCCCUCUCGCAUCGUCUCCACCCGACCGCUACCCCCCCCUCUGCCGCGACCCUCUCGACGCGGCGGCCGCCGCCGGGAUGACCGUCUUCUAGCACACCACAACCGAUCUCCCGCGGAGUCCCCCGCCCGCCCCUGCGCCGCGCCGACAGAGAUCCGGGACCUCGUUGGUAUGGUAUUAUUCGCUUGUGAGGCAUUCUGAUUUUUUGCUGUACAUCAGGACUGCAGAUGCACAAAACAUAGUGUACCAGCUCUUCCUCACUCAACAUGUGGAGUUUUGCAUCAAAUGCCAUAGCUGGAAGCAUAAAGAAAAAGGUACAACCAUCAAAAGGCAGCUUAUCCAAUCAUGAUUGCUCUGAUGACGAUGGUUCUUCAUGUGCAAGUCGAGAAGAAGGCCUUGAAUGCCCAAUUUGCUGUGAAUCCUUCAACAUCGUAGAGAACGUUCCUUAUGUCUUGUGGUGUGGUCACACAAUGUGCAAGAACUGCAUCUUAGGUCUUCAGUGGGCUGUUGUCAAGUUCCCAACCCUUCCUAUCCAGCUGCCUCUCUUUGUCUCGUGUCCUUGGUGCAACCUAUUAUCUUUCCGGCUGGUGUACAAGGGCAACCUCAAGUUCCCACGUAAGAACUACUUUCUGCUGUGGAUGGUUGAGAGCAUGAAUGGUGACAGAGCAAAGUUCCAUUCCUCUGGUCAUGAAGAGCGCCAAUCAGUAUGUCCCUCCAGUGGCGGCACCAGUUCCAGUCAACACCACCGAAGAACCCCUACGGCACGAGCAGAGACCUCCUUUUCUGCCAGAGAUAGAAAUGCCACUGCCAACACCUCCAACACUGCCAGCGUGUCUCUCCAAAAGCUUAUGGUGUGCUUCGUGCAGCUGACGGCCAAGUUCCCGCUCGUGAUAAUGUUCCUCCUCAUAGUUCUCUACGCCGUCCCUGCCAGCGCCGCGGUUCUGCUCCUGUACGUCCUUGUCACGUUUUUGUUUGCGCUGCCGUCGUUUCUGAUCCUCUACUUUGCUUAUCCCACCUUGGACUGGCUCGUGAGAGAGAUAUUCACUUGAGCCGUGCUGUUCUGAAAUGUAAGUACAGUUUAUAUAGCUUUGUGAAGGUGAAAACAAAGCUUGGAUAUCUAUUUCCAUCCGUGGCGCCACUUUGCUGUUAUGUCCUCUGUAUAGAUAGCCCUUUUCUGUUCCUUGUUUUAUUUUUACCUCUUCUGCUCUGGCCUUUAGAGGCUGUGGUUUGCUGUAACUGUCUGCUCAUUGAAAUGCUGUUCUUGUUCA